GCUUGGGCUCGAUAUGGCUGGGAAAACAACGAUCGUCAAGCGAAUCAUGGGCGAGGAUGUUAACGCCAUUAGCCCAACCCUCGGCUUCAACAUCAAGACGAUCGACUAUGCCGGGUACAAGCUCAACAUUUGGGAUGUCGGUGGGCAGAAAACUCUACGUUCUUACUGGCGUAACUACUUUGAGCAGACUGACUCUUUAAUAAUGGCAGUAUGGGUUGUUGACGCCACAGACCGGCUGCGGAUUGACGACUGCAGAGAGGAGCUGCAUGGGCUGCUCCAGGAGGAGAGAUUAUCUGGGGCCUCCCUCUUGGUAUUUGCAAACAAAACCGACAUCGAUGGGUGUAUGACUGAGGAUGAAUUGUCAAAGGCUCUACGACUUGAUGAGAUCCGCACACAUCGAUGGAACAUCCUCCGCUGCAGUGCCAUUACCGGCAAAAACCUCAAAGAAGGUAUGGCUUGGGUUGUCGAGGAUGCCAAGGCCCGCCUCUUUCUGUAUUGACCUCGCCGAACCUCCCCGGUUUGCAACUUCUCGAGAAAAUGCCUGAGAGGAGGGCCCCUCGCCUUCAGAUACUGCAUGCGCUGGCUCAAUUGCUGGCAGAGUCGGGUGGGACAUGGUUGGCCUUCCACUACGCAUGUUGCUGCAAGGGUUGGUCACAGAUGGAUCUGGACGCUUCUCGCCGCUGUUGUGUAGUACACAGCUGGCGAGUCCAUGUCUGGGCUCUGAGGAC